UUGCGGGGUGGCCGAGGGCGGAGAUGGGGGUCCGAGAGGGCUGAGACUGGGGGGCCCGGGGAAGCGCAGAUGGGAGUCCGAGGACGUUCAGAGUGUGGGGUUCAGAGUCGGGGGAACCAAGGGGUUCAGGGAGGGAAGGUGUGAGAGGGCUCAGGCUCAGGGUCAAAGGUCCAAGGGUGCUGCAGUGAAGGGGCGCUCGGGAAGAGAAGUCUGAGGGGAAUCUAGAGUGGGGAGAUGCGAGGAGACUGAAAAUGGGACUGACCGGGUACACGGAGUUGCUGCCAAUGGAGGAUCAGGACGCCAGGGUCCCAGCUCUGGAACCGUUCAGGGUGGAGCAGGCACCACCUGUAAUCUACUAUGUCCCUGACUUCAUCUCCAAGGAAGAGGAGGAGUAUUUGCUUCGACAGGUCUUCAAUGCCCCAAAGCCAAAGUGGACCCAGCUUUCUGGAAGGAAGUUACAGAACUGGGGUGGGCUCCCCCAUCCCCGGGGGAUGGUUCCUGAGCGGCUGCCACUGUGGCUCCAGCGCUAUGUGGACAAAGUGUCUGACCUCAGCCUUUUUGGGGGUCUCCCAGCCAACCACGUCCUUGUGAACCAGUAUCUGCCUGGGGAGGGCAUCAUGCCCCACGAGGAUGGGCCACUGUACUACCCGACCGUCAGCACCAUCAGCUUGGGCUCCCACACCAUGCUGGACCUCUACGAGCCUCGGCAGCCGGAGGAUGAUGACCGUACAGAGCAGCCCCGGCCCCCGCCCCGGCCGGCCACCUCGCUGCUGCUUGAACCGCGCAGCCUGCUGGUGCUCCGUGGCACCGCCUACACGCGCCUCCUCCACGGCAUCGCAGCAGCCCGCGUAGACGCGCUCGACGCUGCCUCUCUGCCGCCCAACGCAGCCGCCUGCCCCUCGGCGCAGCCCGGAGCCCGCCUGGUCCGCGGCACCCGCGUCUCGCUGACCAUCCGCCGCGUUCCCCGCGUGCUGCGCGCCGGCCUCCUGCUCAGCAAGUGACGGCAGGACCCAGGACCCGCUCGGAUUCCUGAGCUCUCGCCUGCCCUGGACUGCUGCCGCCCUGUGACCUUGGAACCUUGUGACCUUGGAACCCGGGGGCAGGGGCACCUCCUCCCGGGUUCUUUUCCCAGUAACCGUGUGGGAACCACAGGAAAAGACCCCAUGCCAAAUAAACCAACAAAGAAAUCUUA